AUGUCGGCUACACAGCCCUAUUUAAUCAGACACAAGGUCGAUGGAGUAGACCCUCAAAAAAUGGGUAAUUUGAUUGGAACAUUAGGGUUUUUUGAUGAAUUGGUCAGUAUUGCCUCUGCACCCGUGAUUGGAACGUUAGUCGAUAAGAUCAACACCUCCCCCAAAUGGUCAAUUGGAGGUACAAAGGCCAUAGAGCCAUUGAGCUUCCUAGUUCUUAGUAUUGCAUUAGUUCUCUAUGGUACUAGUAAUAGCAAGUUCCAUUUAUAUGUUUCCAGAGCUGUAUUUGCACUAGGGGUUACUGGAGUCUUAAGUCUUAUAGCAGCGUUGUUAAAUGAACUUUCUGCGUCGGGAUUUACAUUACUGUCUAUUAAACGAGGAGGAGGAUAUCAGAGUCUCGAACUGGCUUCAGGCGAUGAUGGAUCUUCUUUAUCACCAUUGGUUAAAAAGAAGAAUGGUGUAUUCUCUGCCAUGAUAGGCGUGGCUACUGGAUUAGGAGCUGUUUUCGCUGCUUCAGUUUUAUUACCACUUCCCUUAUAUUUGAAGAAAUUAAUCCCUGAUAUUUCUAGUGGACAGAGUCUUGAAUACAGCUACCUUGUUAUUGCUGUUUACGCCGUGUUGAUCAGCAUUAUUGUUGCCAAAUUUCUAUUCAAUCUGAAACUUUUGAGUACUGCUGCUGGUGAAGAAGAAGAUAAUUUGCAAAAUACUUCACAUGAUCAAAGUUAUUUCAAAUUACUUUUACAAGGCUACAAAAUGUUCAAACAAAGUCCAGAAAUUGGUAUAUCAUGCUUUGGAUCCUUUGUGGUACGAGCAUCCAAUGUGGCCACUACUAUCUUCAUUCCAGUACUUGUAUUUGACUAUUUUUACAAAAUAGGUACUUGUGAUACCAAUGCCACGGGCAAAGAAAAUUGUGAGGAAGCUUAUAUGUUUCUGGCUAUGCUUACAGGGAUUGCUCAAACUUUUGGUUUGCUUUCUUCUCCUAUAUGGGCAAGAAUUAUUAACAAGCAAUCUAAUGCUUAUGCAAUGUUUUGGUCAGCAAUUCUUAUGGUAAUUGGGAACUUGGGGUUGUGUUUCCAUUUCUGGUUCCAAUUGUUCAUAUCUGAACAAGGUUUUUAUUAUAGUCCUAAACAUGUGGUGACGUUUUUGGUUAUAAUCAUUGCUCACAUUGGACAGUUUGGCUUAAUUAUGACGUCUAUGGGACUCUUGAGCCAGAGUGUUGAACAUACACAUGUUGGUACAGUUAGUGGCUUACAAGCAUUAUGUGGAAGUAUGGGGAUCUUGAUUGUUAGCAAACUUGGUGGAUUUUGGACCAAUACGUGGAUAUUAGGACCUUUUUUUGUAUUGGGAAUCUUUUCAUUGGCUCUAGUGGUUUGCAUCAAGAAGGUGGACAUAGACCGGAACAGAAUAUGA